CUCGCUCGGGGGGAGGCAGGCUCGGACCUGCCCACCGAGCUGCCGCCGCCCUCCGCGCCCUCCGCGCCCUCCGCGCCCUCCGCGCCCUCCGCGCCCUCCGCGCCCUCCGCGCCCUCCGCGCCCUCCGCGCCCUCCGCGCCCUCCGCGCCCUCCGCGCCGACGCCAUGCUCCAGUUCCUGCUUGGAUUUACUUUUGGCAACGUGGUUGGAAUGUAUCUGGCUCAGAACUAUGACAUACCAAACCUGGCUAAAAAACUAGAAGAAAUUAAAAAGGACUUGGAUGCCAAGAAGAAACCCCCUAGUUCAUGAGGCGGACUCCAGCACUGCCUUCUGGAUGUAUGGAUUCUGCUGUUCUUGAGGGCCUCCUUACCAUCUGAACCAAAAGCUUUUGUUUUAAAUUCCAGCCUCAGCAAUUUUCCUGUUAGAUUCUGCAUUGCCUGAGAGCACAGAUGGGGCCACAAGUUAAGAACCACCCUUUUCCAACUUCCUCACCUCGUCCCUUCCUCCUUCCAGCCACUUGAGACAGCCUAAGACUGGAAUUAUGGUGCUAGAUUAGUAAAUGUGACCUUUAAUUUGUAGUCUCUCCUUUAUUCUUGGAAUUUCUACUCUUUUCUAAAGAAAAAUUGAUGAGUUUUGUAUAGCUGAUCAGACAUAAAUAAUGCUGAUUACACAGCUUAGUGAUUAUAAUGGGGUUUAAACAUUUGGUACUAAAUUAUGUUGUUUUAAAGUCAUUAAAAUUAAAGCCCAGAAGCCAGUUACUCCGGAAUUAUCCGCUUAUUAUAUACUGUUGUCAGACAGCUCCGUAAGUGCUAAUUUAAUCAGUAAAUCAAUUUACUACUCAUUAACUGAGAAACUAUAUUCUGAGAACCCUGUCAGGAACUAGGGAGUUAGUUUAAAAAUGUAAAAUAAUGGCCCUUAUCCUCCGUAGAAUUCAUAGUCUAGUAUGCAUGUUUUUCCUUAAUCGUGUCUUUGAUUUGGCUCCUUUCCCUCAAAAGAAUCCUACUUAUCUUAGGGGAUUACAGGUGCAUUUGACGUUACAUGAUGGAUAAAUGACAAGUUGUAAAGGAAAUUUUAUGCCUCUUGACAUUAAAAAUGUAUUUACAUUAUACCUUUA